AUGUCAAAAACUGACAGUAAUAUUGUACAAGAUUCAUUUAAAAAAAGACCAACUCUUCUUUCACGAGGUCAUGUAAAACAACGUUUUGUUAUAAUUAAUCAUGAUUGGUUUAUACCAGUAUCAUUUAUACGACGUUUAAGUUUGAAUAAUAGAGAAAAUGAACUUGAAAGUAUUUUAUUUCCUUAUGAUGAAACAUUUAAUUCAGAAUGGCAAUUAUAUAUUGAACAUCAAUUACAUCCAUCACGUAUACGUAUUGGUCUUAUGCUUUUAGAACCACAUGAUAGAUGUAUUCAUGCUGAUAUUAAAUUAGUAUUACUUACAACAAAUGAUAAUCAAAUUAUAAAAGAAAAUUUUUUUUCUAAACAUAAAUUUUUUCUUGGAAAAGGCGAAUCUAUCUCAUCAUAUAUUAAUGAACAUAUAUCACCAAAAAUUUUUUUUGAUAUUGAAGAUAAUCUUUAUGAAAAUAUAAUUAAUGGUAAACAACAUGGAAAUUUAUUCAAUAUAAAUGAUUGUACAAUUAUUGCUGAUGUAAGAUUUAUUAAUGAAUUUGAUAUUGAACCAAAACCAAAAACAUUUGAUUUUUCAAGACGUUUUACUGUUGAUUGGAAAUUAAUAAAAUUUCGUCAUAUUAUUGUACAAAUGAAUCAAUCGAAAUUAGCAACUGAUAAUAAUCGUCGUCUUCUUUCGGAUCGUUUUCAAUUUACUCAUUUUAAAAUAACUGAUGCUCUUGCAAAUAAAAAAUGGAAACUACAAAUUCAUUAUCCUCAAACAUCAUCAAUCAAUAAACAAACUCCUUUAUAUUUAACGUUAAAAUCUCUCAAUUCAAUAGAACCAAAUUAUGGUAAAUUUGAAAUCAUAUGUCAAAAUGAACAUCAUAUUCUUCGACGUUAUAUUGAAUCUAUAGAAAAUCUUACUGAUAAUUAUACUAUAGAAUUUUUUACACUUAAUGAAUUAUCAACAAAUAUUUAUCCAUAUAAACAAAAUUUUGAUAAAAAUAAUGGACGAGUUGUAAAUAUUGAUUAUAUUUUACUAUCUAUACAAAUUAUUCAACCAUUACAAGGUUUUGAUAUAUUAAAAAAAAUUAAACGUAUUAAUGAACCAACAAUAAUUUCAUUGAAUACUACAGGAAAAGUUCAUAAUAAAAAAGAAGAAAAAUCCUUAAAAUCAACUAGAGAACAACAUAAUAAGUCUACAGUUAUAGAACAUGAAAAACUUAAAAGUCCAAUUAAUCAAGACAAUACAAUAACAACAUGGAAUAAUACACGAAUGACAAAUCAGAUUUUACCACCAAUAAGAAUUUCAAAUAAUUCUUCGAUUCGUCUUCAAUCAUCAUCAUCAAGUAUACAAAGAUUACCAAAUAUAGGAGAAAAUCAUAUUCAAUCAUCAUAUUCCUGUAUGAAUAAAACAAUACAAUUAAAUAAACAAUCAUCAAUAAUUACAAGUGCUAAUACAACAAAAUCUUCAGAUUUAACUGAAAAUUUUACAUUUCUUACAAAUUUAUUUCAAUCAGGUCUUCAUUCAGAUAUAACAAUUUAUUAUCAUGAUUAUCAAUGGAAUUUACAUAAAAGUAUACUUUCAUCACGUUCAAUUUAUUUUAAUCAAUAUUUUUCAAAAUCAAAUAUAUCAAUAUUAAAUUUAUCCGAUGAUAAUGAAAUAUUAUCAUCAAUUAUACUUGAUAAAAUGUUUUUUUUUCUUUAUACAAAUCAAUAUAUAUUAGAAAAAUUAUCUCAUUUAUCAUUAUUUGAAACAAUUCAUUUAUUAUUUAAUUUAUCAAUUAAAUAUGGUAUUGAUACAUUAACAUAUAUUUGUUUACAAAAUAUGUGUAAUAUAGAUAAUUUAAAUAUAAAUAAUUCUUCAUAUAUUUUAAUUGCUUUUUAUCAAUCAAUAAAUGGUCCAUAUGAAAAAUAUCAUACAAAUGAAUAUUUAAUACAAAUAAAAAAUUUAAAACAAAUUAUAUUACGUUUUAUUCAAUUACAUUUACGAGAUGUUCUUCUUUCAUCACAAUGGAAAUUACUUGAAAAAAAUUAUCCAUAUCUUGUUCAUGAUGUUUUAGAAUUUAUUGUUUUUGAAAAAAUAUAA